AUGUCCCGCCCCCAUCGCUCCCCCCAGCUCCAUGUCCUCCUCAUUCUCGGCCUCCUGUCUCUGCCGGUGGGCUGGUCUCAGAUCAGCAGUCAGCUCGAUGUCUGCCGCUCUUUGCUCAGCUCAGAGGCGGGAUCAGCGUGGGAGUUUUUCCCAUGUCAGCCCCCCCCAACCAACAUGAAGGAGUUCAUGCAGAUCAGAGUCGACCCUCCAGGCAUCACCUGUGGAAACCCACCUGAAAGAUUCUGCACACUGGAGAAUCCAUACCUGUGUAGUGAUGAGUGUGAUGCUUCCAGCCCCGACCUGUCUCAUCCUCCUCAGCUGAUGGGGGACAGGGAGAGGGGGGGACUCAUCACCUACUGGCAGACAAUCACAUGGUCCAGGUAUCCUGAGCCCCUACUGGCCAAUAUCACUCUGUCCUGGAACAAGAGUCUGGAGGUGGUCGAUGACAUCAUCAUCACUUUUGAGUACGGCCGACCAACCAGCAUGGUGCUGGAGAAGUCCAUGGACAAAGGAGCAACGUGGCAACCAUACCAGUAUUACGCUGAUGACUGUCUUGAGGCCUUCGGCAUGUCACCUAAACAAGUUUCUGAUUUAGCACCGAGUAACUUAACCCGGGUCAUCUGCACUGAGCAGUACUCCCGUUGGGUUGGAGCCAAGGAAGAGAAGAAUGUGGUGUUUGAGGUGCGUGCUCGGUUUGGAGUGUUUGCUGGUCCGAAACUGAUCAAUAUGGAUGCUUUGUACACCCGGAUGGAAACGAUGAAAGGGCUCAGAGACUUCUUCACCUUCACCAACCUCCGUCUACGUCUCCUCCGCCCAGCACUUGGGGGAACCUAUGUCCAGAGAGACAACCUACUGAAGUAUUUCUAUGCUGUGUCAAACAUUGAUGUUCCUGCCAGGUGCAAGUGUAACCUGCAUGCAUCUCAGUGUGUGAUUCGUGAUGCAGUCCUUCAGUGUGCAUGUGACCACAAUACGAAUGGACAAGACUGCGAGCGCUGCCGCAGAGGAUUCAGACCCAGCAGCUGGAGACCAGGAUCAUACCUGCCUCUGCCGAAAGGCUCUGCCAACACCUGUGAAGUAGCUGACACUGUAACCAAUUGUGAGUGUAACGGUCACUCCAACCGCUGCAGCUACAUUGACUUCAUCAACGUGGUCACAUGUGUGAGCUGUAAACACAACACACGGGGUCAGAACUGCCAGUUCUGUCGCCUCGGUUACUAUAAAAACAGCUCACUGCCACUGGACGACGAGGAGAUCUGUGUGGAGUGUGAGUGUAACACAGAGGGAAGCUCAUCUCCUCACUGUGCCGACUCUGGUCUCUGUCGCUGUAAAGUCGGAGCCACAGGGAGGCGCUGUGACUCCUGUCUGCCUGGAUACACAUGGAGAGGAGGCGGAGUUGGAUGCACAGAGAACCUGUGCGAUACAGAACGUUUGAUUUGUCAGAACGGGGGAACCUGCUUUGACUUCCAGCGCUGCAUCUGUCCAAAUAACUUCACAGGUACUUUCUGUGAGCAGAGAGUCUGUCUAAAGAAAUCUGGCUGCCAAGACGUUGGGGAUUCCUCCUCCAUGCCAGCAUCACCACUCUACCUGCUGAUUCUCAGCCUGAUCACGUCCAUGUUGUCCUGACCCCGCCCACUUAUACAAAGCCAAACCCAC